GACGGGACCUCAGGAAUGUCCUCCGACGGUUUAAAUAGCGCCCGUGUCGGCGAGCGGAGUCAGUCGCACAAGUGCAAAGAUCGGAAUAAAAAGAGCGCACGAGGAGACACGAGCGAUUCCAGAGGAGAGCAGCCGGGACACGUGACUUUCCUCCUCCGCGUGUUGUUGUUGUCGUUGUUGUGGUCCAUUUCCCAUUUGAAAAGUCAGUCGUCGUUUCAGGAUUUCAAGAUGAUGCUGGAGUGUGGCAUCUUCCUGCUGCUGAUGCUUUGGAGUGGCGAGGGCGCGCGACUGGCAGAGAGUCGGGAUGACACCAGCGUGUACGACCUGUUCGACCUGGCCCAGGUGACCAAGAGGAACCACGGGGUGAGCGCGGUGAAGGGCGCGGACCCCAACAGCCCCGCGUACAAGGUCCUGGACGCGGACCUGAUCCCCCCCGUCCCCGCCGGCGCCUUCAGGGACCUCCUCGACUCCGUGCAGGCGGAGCGGGGCUUCCUGCUCCUGGCCAACUUCAAGCAGUUCCGGAAGAGCCGCGGCAGCCUGCUGACCGUCGAGAAGAGCGACGGCUCCGGGCCCGUGUUGGAGAUCGUGUCCAACGGCCGGGCGAGCACCCUGGACCUGGUCUACUCCACCAGCGGCCAGCAGCAGGUGGUGUCCAUCGAGGACGCGGACUUGGCCACGGGCCACUGGAAGAACAUCACGCUGUUCGUCCAGGACGACCGCGCGCAGCUCUUCGUGGGCUGCGAGGAGGUCAACGUGGCGGAGAUGGACGUGCCCAUCCAGAAGGUGCUGAGGCCGGAGGUGGCGGACGUCGCCCGGCUGCGGAUUGGAAAGGGCGCGGUGAAAGACCGAUUCAUGGGAGUUCUUCAAAACGUGCGUUUUGUCUUUGGGACCACUCUCGAUGCCAUACUCAGAAAUAAGGGUUGCCUCAGUGGAGCUACCUUAACAGAUGUCAUGACCCUGGACAGCCCGGUCAACGGCUCCAGUCCUGCCAUUAGGGACGAUUACAACGACCACAAAGCCAAAGAUCUGCAGUCUGUCUGCGGCUUCUCCUGUGAGGACAUCUCCAGCAUGUUUAAGGAGCUCAGGGGAAUCGGCGUGGUCGUCAAACAGCUGUCGCACAAGCUCAGCAAAGUGUCUGAGGACAGCACGCUGCUGAAAAAUCAAAUGAACAUCCACAGUGGAAUUUGCAUCCACAAUGGCAUCGUGUACAAGGACAAAGAUGAAUGGACCGUGGACGGCUGUACUGAGUGCACCUGUCAGAACUCUGCUACUGUGUGCCGCAAAAUCUCCUGCCCUCUGAUCCCAUGUGCUAACGCCACCGUGCCCGACGGACAGUGCUGUCCUCGCUGUGGAACACCGCCACAUGCUGAGGAUGGAUGGUCUCCCUGGUCUGAGUGGACCCAUUGUUCCGUGACUUGCGGCCGUGGCAUUCAACAGCGUGGACGUUCCUGCGACCGCAUCAACAGCAACUGUGAGGGCACUUCUGUCCAGACCCGUGACUGCUACCCUCAGGAAUGUGACAAACGCUUCAAACAGGAUGGCGGUUGGAGUCACUGGUCUCCCUGGUCUUCGUGCUCCGUGACCUGCGGUGAAGGAGUCAUCACCCGAAUCCGCCUCUGCAACUCCCCCACACCCCAGAUGGGUGGCAUGGACUGCGAGGGAGAGGGACGUCAAACAGAAAUCUGUCAGAAGUCUCCUUGCCCCAUCAACGGAGGCUGGGGACCUUGGUCACCCUGGGACAUCUGCACUGUUACCUGUAGCGGAGGAAUCCAGACUCGCAAACGUCUUUGCACUGCCCCCGUCCCCAAAUAUGGUGGAAAAGACUGUGUUGGUGAUGCCACUGCGUCUCAAGUGUGCAACAAACAGGACUGUCCUAUUGAUGGUUGUCUGUCCAACCCAUGCUUCUCUGGCACAAAGUGCACCAGCUUCCCCGAUGGCUCUUUCAGGUGUGGCAAGUGUCCACUUGGCUACCGUGGGAAUGGCGUCAUCUGCAAGGACAUUGACGAAUGUAAAGAAGUUGCAGAUGCUUGCCACUCUCAUAAUGGAGUCCAUCGCUGUGAGAACACUGAGCCCGGUUACAACUGUCUGCCUUGCCCCCCGCGUUUCUCCGGCCCUCAGCCCUUUGGAAGAGGAGUGGAAAUGGCGACGGCUAAGAAACAGGUUUGCAAACCCCGUAACCCUUGUCAGGAUGGCAGCCACGACUGCAAUAAAAACGCAAACUGCGUCUACUUGGGCGUCUUCUCCGAUUCCAUGUUCCGCUGUGAGUGCAAGCCAGGAUAUGCAGGGAACGGCCGUAUCUGUGGAGGGGACAGUGACCUGGAUGGUUGGCCCAACACUGACCUGCUGUGUGUGGCGAAUGCAACCUACCACUGCAAGAAGGAUAACUGCCCCAACCUUCCCAACUCUGGUCAGGAAGAUCACGACAAAGAUGGCCUGGGUGAUGAAUGUGACCAUGAUGAUGACAAUGAUGGGAUCCCCGAUGAUAGGGACAACUGCCCAAGAGUGUACAACCCUGCCCAGUAUGACGCAGACAGGGAUGAUGUUGGCGACCGCUGUGACAACUGUGUGUUCGAGGCUAAUACCGACCAAACCGACACAGACAACAAUGGAGAGGGUGAUGCAUGUGCUGUUGACAUUGAUGGCGAUGGAAUUCUGAAUGAGAACGACAAUUGCCCUUAUGUUUACAAUGUGGACCAGAGAGAUACUGAUAGAGAUGGUGUCGGUGACCAUUGUGACAAUUGCCCUCUGGAGCACAACCCCGAUCAGGUUGACUCUGACUCCGAUCUUGUUGGAGACAAGUGCGACAGCAACCAGGACAUUGACGAGGACGGUCACCAGAACAACUUGGACAACUGCCCCUACAUCGCCAAUGCCAACCAGGCAGACCACGACAAGGAUGGCAAGGGUGACGCUUGCGACCAUGACGAUGACAAUGACGGCAUCCCCGAUGACAAAGACAACUGUCGACUGGCCUUUAACCCAGACCAACUGGACUCUGAUGGUGAUGGCCGUGGUGAUAUUUGCAAAGAUGACUUUGACCAAGACAAUGUUCUGGACAUCUAUGAUGUGUGUCCGGAGAACUUUGCCAUCAGUGAAACAGACUUCCGCAGAUUCCAGAUGGUUCCCCUGGACCCCAAGGGUACCUCCCAGAUUGACCCCAACUGGGUGGUCCGGCAUCAGGGCAAGGAGUUGGUCCAGACUGUCAACUGCGAUCCUGGCAUUGCUGUUGGUUACGAUGAGUUCAGCGCAGUGGAUUUCAGUGGAACAUUCUUCAUCAACACUGACAGAGAUGAUGAUUACGCCGGGUUCGUGUUUGGCUACCAGUCAAGCGCACGCUUCUACACGGUCAUGUGGAAACAGAUCACCCAGACCUACUGGUCCAACACACCCACAAGAGCUCAAGGCUACUCUGGCCUGUCAAUCAAAGUGGUGAAUUCCACCACAGGCCCUGGUGAGCAUCUGAGGAAUGCCCUGUGGCACACUGGAGACACCCAGGGACAGGUUCGCACUUUGUGGCACGACCCCAAGAACAUUGGCUGGAAGGACUUUACCGCCUACAGGUGGCACCUGACCCACAGACCCAAGACUGGACUUAUCAGAGUGGUCAUGUAUGAGGGCAAGAGAAUCAUGGCCGAUUCUGGGAACAUCUUUGACAAGACAUACGCUGGUGGGCGACUAGGCUUGUACGUCUUCUCUCAGGAGAUGGUUUACUUCUCAGACCUCAAAUAUGAAUGCAGAGAUACAUAAAUGGACCACAGAGCUUUGCGGAGGAAUGUAUCAGUCUGUCUGUAUGAAUAUAUAAUACGAGACCCAUAUCUUUGACUUUUUCCUUUCAUAAAAUGCACAUUGGAGGAAUGACGGGCAAGUGAGCUAACGUGAGGUAAACCGACCUCAGGACUUAAAGCCAAAUGAAUGAUGAUUCUGCACCACUGCAACCAAACUCAAAUUGUGAGCGCGGCACUGCUCAGAAGACAUUGGCCCACUCACUUUGUUGCUCUGAUCUGCAUUGAAAGAGGGCCACAUUUUAUUGCUUUGCACACCUGAACUGUUGUUGGUUGGCGGUAUUCCUCUGUGGAGGAGGGACCAAAGAGUGCUUCAUGUUCUUAGUUCUUUUAUUUCUAUUUUUUUAUGAGCAUUAAUCUACAUCUGCUGUGGACUCGGACUUGCUUGUUUCAGUAUGAAGAGAGCAGUAGAACUUUCUUAGGCCGGGGUAAAUAUGCCCGUUGAAGGAACUGUUGAGGGACCGUGGACAGUAUGGACCGACUGUUGCUAUCAAAGAGAGUGAAUGGUGUUUGUGUGUUUGUGCAUGUGUGCCACCCAACCAAGUCAAAUUUUGUUUUCGUUUCUAUUGAUAACCCCCCCCCCCCCCUCGCCACACAUUCGCACAGAGUAUGUACAAGGUCUUGUAUUUAGCUGAUGCUUAGGACUGGCCCAAAGUAUUUGUCUUCUCAGGAAAGAGCACUAGAAGAAAAUGAGGAUAGCACAAAAUUCAGGACAGCACAGGCCCCAAAGCAGGCACAUUGCACACUGCUUUGGACAUUAACUAUUAGCAAAUAUUAUGUUAAUAUCUCUAAUCUUUACUGAAAGUGUCAACGCACAUUAACAGCGAGGGCCAGUCCUGUUUCCUGUCACGAGUUAACCAUUGUUAGUAGAGCUAGUUAGCUCAUCUUUGCACCUUGCCAUCUUAAAACGUUGCCAGCAACCUAUUCAAAUUAACUGAAAUCAGUAUCCACUAAUGGCAGUUGGCCAAAACAGUAGGAAAAAAAAAUACAAAUACAUAAAUACUCCAAAUAUUCUGCUUCUGCACAGUGUGCAUGACUGGUGUGCCUGAGCUUGUGUGUACAUUUCUGAUAAGGGAAAAUCAAACGAAACCCUUUAUGUACAAAUAUUACCUCAUUAGUUCUUUUUGUAUUGAGGCCAGCAAUACACAAGAAUCACUUUUCUUAGCAACAGUGUAUAAAUUGGUUGGCUUCUUUUUUUUUUUGUUAAAAGCAAGACUUUAGUAUCAUUUAUAUGCUGUAUAUAAGAUAUUUUUGUAGCAAAAGAAGCCCAAACAGGAACGUAAAGGAUUAAAGAAAUGUUGUCUUGACUAUGAUGUGCUAUAUGUAUUUCUUGUGCAUUUUUUGGGGGGAUAAAUUAUUGUAUCUGUUUUAUGUUGAGGUUAUUUCAUUUGUGUAGAUACAUUGCUAUUUAAAUAAUUUAUCUAGAAGCGUAGCCUCAUAUGGAAGCGUUUCUGUCUGUAUAAACUUAUUUGCACACUGACAUGAGGAUGUCUUUGUUAUUUUGGUUUUUGUACUUCUUUUUUUUUUAUUAGUGAAGCUUUUCUAUAAACUUUGUUUUAUAGUUUCUACCUAAAGUGCUGUUUAUACUCCUACCUGUUAUUUUGUAAUGUCAAGUGAACAAUAAACACUUCAGGAAAAAAAAAAA